CAGACAGGAAGUAAAUAGUGACGUGGACGUGAAACGCGCGAAAUUUAGCAGUGUGGGGAUAUCAUACACACGGACCCUCACAGUUUUGAGCAGGAUGCCUGCGCUUGUGGAGCAACCGGGCUAUGCCCAGGAAAAGCUGGCAGCCCUCUCGAAGCGAGUUCUAUGUCGAGAAACUCAAGCCAGUACUUUGUUGGCACUUCUGGGUGAGCCAGAGCACUACAGCUAUCCAUCCAUCUUCGUCUAUGGCCAUCGCGCAUCUGGCAAGAGCCACGUCACUGAAUCUAUGCUGCAGGAGCUUGAGCUCCCUCAUGUGGUAGUGAGCUGUGUAGAGUGUGUGUCGUCUGGGCUGCUGUUAGAACAGACGCUGCUGUCCUUCUUUGGUCCGGAGGCACCCGCCCUCCUCCCCCGCGCCCCCUCACUCUCCGACUUCGUGCGAGUCUACAAGCAGUUGCGGGCAGAGAGCCCAUCAUUGCAAACACAUUAUAUUGUGCUGGACAGGGCUGAGGUGCUGAGGGACAUGGAGGUUAACCUCUUACCUGGUCUCUUGAGGCUACAAGAACUGGUCGAUGACAAUGUGAGUGUGAUCCUGCUGAGUGAGAUUGAUUGGAGCAAGUUCCGCCUCAACACGGGCUGUCUGGAGCCUCUCCUGGUCCACUUCCCUGAUUACAGCAAAGCGGAGCUGCAGCUGAUCCUGGAGCAGGACUUCCACCCGCUCUACUCCCCCGAGCUCUACAGCCUCUUCAUCAGCAUCCUGCUGGGGGUCUUCUACUCCGUAUGCAGGGACCUCCGGGAGCUCAGACAUCUGGCGGCCCUCAACUUCUCCAAGUUCUGUGAGCCUCUGGGAAAAGGAGAGGCAAAAGAAAGUGACACCCACAAACUUUGGAGGAACAUUGAGCCUCACUUGAAGAAAGCCAUGCAGACAGUGUACCUGAGAGAGGUUUCAAGUGUGCAAUGGGAGCAGCAGCAGCUGAUGGAGGAGAAGGAGGCAGGUGCUCUAAAAGGUCUGUCUGCCUAUGCCCAUGUGGAGCUGCCCUACUAUUCCAAGUUCCUGCUGAUCGCGGCCUAUCUGGCCUCCUAUAACCCGGCCCGCACUGACAGACGCUUCUUUGUCAAGCAUCAUGGCAAGAUUAAGAAGACCAACUUUCUGAAGAAGCAUGAGAAGACGAGUAAUCACCUGCUGGGUCCUAAGCCGUUCCCCCUGGACCGCCUCUUGGCCAUCUUCUACAGUGUGGUGGACAGCAGAGUGGCCCCCACAGCCAGCAUCUUCUCACAGAUCUCCUCCCUAGUCACCCUGCAGCUGUUGACCCAAGUGGGCCAUGACGACCAGCUAGACUCCCCCAAGUACAAGUGUGCCGUAUCGCUGGACUUCAUCCAAGUCAUCUCCAGGACUGUGAGCUUCGAUAUCAUCAGGUACCUGUAUGACUUCCUGUGAGGCCCCGCCCCAUGGAUGUACUUACUGACACCUGAUUGGCUCCUAGCUGUAGAACAAGCAAUGAUUGACAGCCCCUCAGAACAGUGAAUAGAACUUCCUGUAAUCAAGGACGGAUUAUUGCACAGGCCAACCGGGCCCAGGCCCAGGGGCCCAAGAGUCAAGCGGGCCCCUGAAGCCCAACUAUCCAUUCUCAUAUGGUGUUAAUAUUGCACCUUUUGAACAACUGUAUUAUUUUCACAUUUUCUCAGGGGACAAACACCCAACAACAUAGGGUCUCUGACGUCUGUCCCAAAACUAUGCAUCGUUUUUGAAACUAGCAACACCCAUGGAGGGGGGUCUUUUCUUGCUGUCUUGCCCAGGGGCCCAUGGAGUCAUGUGUAUGUAAUGUUCUCUGGGGGAAUAAAGAUCACUGUUGUGUUGAGCUGAAUGAACACAUUCAUGGCUGUUGCAUAGUCGGUUACCGGACGCUGUACAAAUGUAUUGUUUAGGUGUAAUAUUGUGCACUGUGUUAUAAAUAAUAGUGUGUUGAAUAAAUAAAAUGUUGAUGUUUUUUGUA